AUGGAGGACAAAUAUAAGCAAACAGCCAACAACGCGGACGAAAAAAAUCAAUCUAUGAAACCAACGAAUACACCAAACGACAGUGUCGAAUCGACAGAUAGCUCUAAUAAAGCUACAAGCACACAAAUGCCAGAAGUGCCAAUCAUGUUAAUGCCAGAAAUAAGAGCAGUCAAAGCUAAAGAAAGAAAAGACAAGACAUCCGCCUCAACAGCGACUGAGCAUGGAACAGAGGACGAUUAA